AUGCAUUAGCAAUAAAUUGUAAUGUCCUAUUUAGGAUAAUUAAAAUUACAAAUAAGUGAUGUAUUGAAUAUUAGCAAUGAAAAAUUUUUCAAAAAGCAGGCUUCAUAGUCAGAAAUGGUUUUACUUUCAAGAUUGACAGGAAAAAUAAAUAAAAGAAAUACGGAAUAAUAAAGGACAAUUAUUAUAUCAAGCGAAAAUGUUUAUAAUGUUGAGAAAAAAUCAAUCAAAAGAAAGAUAUCAAUUCAUAAAAUAUUUGGUGUAACAGUUUCGAGAUCAAGUUAUGAAUUUAUUUUGCAUGUUCCAUAAGAAAGUGAUUAUCGUUUCAAAUCACAAGAAUUUAGAGAUAUUAUUCUUUAUUACUUAUCAAUUGUGCUUAAAUUAAAUAAUAAAGAUGGUCUAAGGAUUUAUUUGGUUGAAAAUGAAGAACUUGGCCAAUUUUGUUUACAUGAUGCAACAUCUGAUUUUGGUAAAUAAAUAGCUCUACAUCCUAAAACUAAAUUAUAAAUGUUGUAUCCUGAUAAUUUUUAAUUAUCAUAUAUAAAUUUGAUGUUUGCAUAACAUUAAAAGACUAAAAAUUAAAAUAUAAGUGUCCUAUAUGUUCAUGAUCCUUUAAAUUUAAGAAUAUAAUUAGAAGAUUAUUAAAAAAUUGCCUCAAUAGCUCAGGGUUCUUUUAAUAAAGUGAUAUUGAUAAACUAAAAAAUAGAAAAGUAAAAUUAAUAUUUAGUUCUUAAAAGUAUUAAGUCAUACAAUACUGAUUUUAAUUUAUUGAAAUUUCAUUUGGAAAAUUAUUCUCAAUCUACAUAUUUAGAAAAAUUGCAAUUAUGCAUAGGUUGGUAAGAUUAAGUUCUAUUUUUUUUUUAAUUUGUGAAAGGUGGAGAUUUGUUUUCUCAUCUUUCAGAAAUUAAUUAGUUUUCAGAACUGUAAGCUAAAUAUAUUAUAGCAUAAAUAGCAUUAGGAUUAUCACAAUUACAUGAAAAUGGUAUAAUAUAUGGAGAUUUAAAACCUGAAAAUAUUCUAAUUGAUGAAAAUGGAUAUAUUUAAUUGACUGAUUUUGGAUUUGGAAGAUUAAGAGUAUAUUAGGAAUAUAAAAAAGGAUAGGCAAUCAAUUUUACUGUUGAAUAUGCUGCACCAGAAUAUCUUCUUUAAGGAGAUUUAACAAGAAUGUCAGAUUGGUAUAGUUUAGGAAUUUUACUAUAUGAAUUAGUAGUUGGAAUUUCUCCAUUUUAUCAUCAUAAUCAUGAUAUAGCAAUUAGAAUGCUUUGUAAAGGAAGCUUAUAAUUUCCUAAGACUACUUUGAUAUCUAGUGAAUGUAAGGACUUAAUUACUAGAUUACUAUAAAGUGAAGCUUAAAGUCGGAUUGGAUUUGAAAAUGACUUUAAAGAUAUCCAAUCUCAUAAAUGGUUCUAAGGAUUAAACUGGUAAGAGCUUUCAGAAAAGAAAAAAAUGUUACCGUACUUGCCUUAAAUUGAUGACGAUAUUUUACCAUAGUAAUAUUUUAGAUUAGAGAAAUUAAAUGAUGAAGAAAAAGGUUGGUGA